CCAUCUGUACUCAAAGCUGCUCUAAUCAGAUCAAAGCGUAAACAAAACAUCCAGUAGCCAGAAUCAGAUUGCUACCAAAAUUGAGUCACUUCUUUUUUUCAUUUUUCCUGUGUCCGCUGUCCGUUCUGAUAACGCGUUGUCUCCCCCAUUGUCGUCACUACGCUACAGGAUCGUCCAGAUUUUCGUGUCCAGUGCAUCGUGAAAAUGUCUUGCCUAGUGUGACCUUUUCUCGCCACCGAUCAGUGUUUAGUCGAAGAAGCGAAAAGGCUCACUCGACGCACCGCCCAGAACAGAGAGGGGUUAAUUAAAAGAUCACACGGGGCGUGAAAAAAUGCCUUCCGCAGGGGCAGCGCCACCACCACCACCGCCAGCCAUGGACGAGCUGUACAUGGAGCGUGACUUCUACAUCGGGCUAGCGCUGGCCCUUUCCAGCAGUAUUUUCAUCGGGUCUAGCUUCAUCAUCAAGAAAAUUGGCCUGCUGCGACUUUCCCGGGUCGGUUCGGUGCGGGCCAGUGCCGGCGGGUUUGGCUACCUACGCGACUGGAUCUGGUGGGCCGGGCUUAUCUGCAUGGGUGUUGGGGAGGCAGCCAACUUUGCCGCGUACGCCUUCGCGCCGGCUUCCCUCGUUACGCCGCUCGGAGCACUCAGCGUGAUCGUGGCCGCCGUUAUGGCUUCCCGGUUUCUCAAAGAGCGGCUGAACCUGCUCGGCAAGCUCGGCUGCUUUCUGUGCAUUGUCGGCUCCACGAUCAUCGUCAUACACUCACCAAAAGAGGGCGAGGUGGAGGAUCUUAACCUGCUGAUCGAUAUGCUGCAAGAUCCGACCUUCAUCACGUACGUCGUGCUGAUUCUUUCGCUCGCACUCUUCAUCGGAUGCUGCAUUGGGCCACGGUACGGGCACAAGCACGUAGCCGUUUACAUACUGCUCUGUUCCGCCAUCGGCAGCCUUACGGUCAUGUCCUGCAAAGCGCUCGGGCUCGCGCUACGCGACACCCUGUCCGGCAAGUCGAACGAUUUCGGCAUGUGGCUCCCCUACUUCCUCAUCAUCGUGACGGUCGUGUUUGUGGGGAUACAGGUAAACUACCUCAACAAAGCGCUGGACAUCUUCAACACCAGCAUCGUGACGCCGAUCUACUACGUCAUCUUUACCACGCUGGUCAUCACGGCGUCCGCGAUCCUGUUCAAGGAAUGGCGCCACAUGCGCCCCGAAGACAUUAUCGGCGAUCUGUGCGGCUUUUUCGUGGUGAUCGUCGCGGUGAUAUUGCUGAACGCGUUCCGCGAGAUGGACAUUAGCUUGAGCGAUGUGAAGGGCAUUAUGCGACCGAAGCGGGAACUACUGUCGCACUCGUCCCACAAAGGGGGCGCACAGUACGAGGACUAUUUGAACGACAACGAGGAGCGUGGCCCGCUGAAACCACACUACGGAACGAACUAUCUGAAUGCGUAACGAACGAUGAGCGAACGUGCUGCUGCUGGUGCAGGUGGUGGUGGUGGUGUGAUACAGUUUGUACGGGAAACGGGCAGCACCAAGUUGAACUUGAAGCAAGUGUAACAGACGAAAAGGGUGAUAUACCAAAAAUCAAGAUCACUUCACUAAAUUAUAACGAACGAACAAAAAGA